GUAGCGAGUGUCAUCUGUAACAUGUUCAGCAUACGUACAUCUAUAAUGGUUGGAGGAACUAUACUUUCGGUGGGCUUUGUUGCAACCAGCAUGACCAACACUCUUCCACAACUGCUUGGGUGCUACGGGAUACUCUCUGGGAUAGGAUUUGGCAUCAUUUACACACCGUCCGUAAUAGCUGUCGGCCAUUACUUCCAGGAGAAGAGGGUUUUAGCCAAUGGAAUCGCUUUGUCCUCUGUCGGCGUUGGUAUUCUGUCAGGUCCACAUUUGAUUGGCUGGCUGAUUGACCAGUUUGGGUGGCGGACUGCGAUGUCGACACUUGGAUGCAUCACGGCCCAGAUGGUUGUGACAGGAUCUCUGAUAUUUCCACAUGAAAGGACAAAACAGAGUAAGGAUAUAAUGUUCUGUUGCCAAAGGAAUAAUAACCAGAGAGAAGAAAUAACGGAUAUAGAUUCAGAGCCAAGAGAUCUAUCUGGUAAGGCUAAAUGUUUACAUUGCAAAAGAUGCAGUCACGACAGUGCUUCUGUUGUAAUUUGUAAAACAAGUGUCAGUAUGUUUACGGUUCUGAAAGACAAGAUCCUACUGAUCAUCCUUCUCAACUAUUUCAUGGAAAUGAUGGGCUAUUCCAUUCAGAUUGUUCAUCUGCCUUCUUACGUGCGUUCGGUUGGAGUACCACCGACCAAAGUUCCAUCACUGUUCACCGCCUAUGGCCUGACUCUAACAGUGGCGCGGAUUCUGGGUGGGGUGAUGUGUAAUGACAAGAACAUUGAUUUGCUGAUGGUGUACAUAUCUUGCCAAGGCCUCAAAGCUUUGCUUGUGAUGUUCAUGCCACUGUUCGCACAUGGAUUUGCUCAACUUGUUCUAUACCAAGUUCUGUAUGCCUUAUAUUAUGGAUUUGGUUAUAUAUUAUUGACGCCCAUUUAUGUGGAGCUGUUCGGAGUGGAACGUCUGGCAACAGUGUUUGGAGUUACCUUGUUUGUUGGUGGUAUGAGUUAUCUCAUUGGUCCAACCAUCGCAGGUGCACUGUACGACAUCACAUCAUCCUACUCGGCGGGAUUCCACAUUGGUGGCUCAGUGUCUCUACUUGGCUCCAUGGUCUUAUUCCUGAUCCCCAUCCUGAGGAGAGACGUCAAAGUUCCAGGGGAUCCAGAGAACAAAGAAUGUUUGGUUGUUCCCGAGAAUAUGGAACAUCUGGUUGUAUCCGAAACUAAUGAAUUUCUGUCAAGACGAGGGAGCAGUGACUGUAUCAGUAUUACUGAGGGUACUUAGUUCAAUAAAAGAUUUGCCCUGAAGGCCACAGGGCCGAGGUACA